GGCUGCCCCACCAGGAAAGGGAGAAACCAGUGAAAUCAUAGCAGUGGAUGAGCAGGGGAAUGUGGUAAGAGUGUCUCUGCUCUUUUCAAGCCUGAGAAAAGAAGCUCAGAUGCCCAACCAUAUGACUAGUUUGGAUUUAGAUGAGAACGUGUCUGUAAUGUGAGUACAACUUUACUUUCGCAAAGUGACCCAAAGAUGAAAAUGGGGAAUCAAGAUCCCACAGGCCUCACCUUUCCAGAGGCGUCGGAGGAAACAGGAAAAGCACCCGAUGUCUGUCCAACUGGAGCGACGCUGGCAUGGCUACAACGGAUUGCAGGUGGGCAAGUCAGACGCGAACCGGGUGAGGGGCCACUUCGGGGCUUGCUGAUGGAGCCUCAGUUACCGGAAGAGCCCACCCCGUGGGAUGACGCCAAGGCCUUCCUGGCCUCCUUCGAGCAGGUGGCCAAGGCCUGCCGGUGGCCCAGGGAAGAGUGGGCGGCCCGGCUCCAACCCGCCCUCACUGGAGAAGCCAAGAAGAUCUUUAGAGGCCUGGAAGCCGGAGACCGAGAGGAUUAUGGGAAAGUGAAGGCAGCCAUCUUGCUUGGGGAUGCCAACAGCAGGGAGAAGAACCGCCAGUGCUUCAGGUGCUUCUGCUACCAAGAGGCCGAGGGGCCCAGAAGGGCUUGCAGCCGUCUCCGGGAGCUUUGCCAGGGGUGGCUGAAGCCGGAGCAGCAGUCCAAGGAGCAGAUCUUGGAGCUGCUGAUCCUGGAGCAGUUCCUGGCCAUCCUGCCCCCGGAGACACAGAGCUGGGUCAGGGAACGAGGCCCAGAGACUUGUUCUCAGGCAGUGGCCUUGGCUGAGGAUUUCCUGUUAAGGCUGCAGGAGGCUGAAGAGCAGGAAAAGCAGGGGUUCCUGAAGAUGGCGGAGCCCUCUUGCGCAAGCUCGGAGAUGCCACCGUGGCCGGAGGAGCCCACCCCGUGGGAUGAUGCCGAGGCCUUCCUGGCCUCCUUCGAGCAAGUGGCCAAGGCCUGCCGGUGGCCCAGAGAAGAGUGGGCAGCCCGGCUCCUGCCAGCCUUCAGCGGAGAAGCCGAGCAGGCCUUUCGGAGCCUGGAGGCCGGAGACAGGGAGGAUUAUGGGAAGGUGCUGGAGGCCAUUUUGCGAGAGGACGCCAUCCUCAGAGAGGAGAACCGCCUGCGCUUCAGGCAUUUCUGCUAUCGGGAAGCCGAGGGGCCAAGGGGGGCUUCUUGGAGACUCCGGGAGCUGUGCCGCCGGUGGCUGAGGGCCGAGCGGCGCUCCACGGAGCAGAUUCUCGAUCUGCUGGUCCUGGAGCAGUUCCUGGCCGUCCUGCCGCCAGAGAUACGGAGCUGGGUGAGGGCGGCUGGGCCACAGAGCUGCUCCCAGGCCGUGGCUGCUGCAGAGGAAUUCCUGCUAGGGCAAGGGGAGGCCGAGCGAGAGGGCGAGCAGGUGACCCUGGAGGUAGCACCUGCAAUUCUCUUGGAUGCAAGCCAAGCUCCGCCUGACUUGGAACCAGAGGUUUUGUGCGUGAUAAUCAAGCAGGAGGAAGAGGAGGGAGAUGCCAGCCAGAUUGAAGAAAAUGCGUACAAGUCUGAGAAUGAGGAGGAGUCAGUCAAGGUGUCUGUGGAAGGACUGGCACACCCAGAGGUGGAAGAGACUUGUGGCAACAAAUGCCUUGUGUGUGGGAAGAACUUUGGCUGUAAAUCAGAUCUUAACAGACAUCAAAGAACCCACACAGGGGAGAAACCCUUUAGAUGCUUUGAGUGUGGAAAGAGCUUUAGUCGGGGUGAUUACCUUAUUUUGCAUCAAAGACUUCACAGAGGGGAGAAGCCAUAUAAAUGCUCAGAGUGUGGGAAAGGCUUCUACCGAAGCACACGCCUUAUUUCACAUAAAAGAAUCCACAUAGCGGAGAAACUAUAUAAAUGUUCAGGCUGCAGCAAGAGCUUUUGUGAUCAAGCGAAGCUAAUGCAACACAGACGGAUAAAGCACACAAGUGAGCGACCACACAAAUGUUCAGAGUGUGGAAAGAGCUUUAAUCGGAGCACACACCUUACUAGACAUCAAAGAGUUCACACAGGAAAGAUACUAUAUAAAUGUUUAGAGUGUGAAAAAAGCUUCAGCUGUAGCAAACAUCUUAUUUCACAUCAAAGAAUUCACACAGGAGAGAAGCCCUAUAAAUGCCUGGCAUGUGGGAAGAGUUUUAAUUUCAGUGGAAACCUCACUUCACACCUAAGAAUGCAUACGGGAGAGAAGCCAUAUGAGUGCCUGGAGUGUGGAAAGAGUUUUAGUCGGAGUGCACAUCUUACUUUACAUCAAAGAACCCACACUGGGGAGAAACCAUAUAACUGCUUGGAAUGUGGAAAGAGCUUUAGUCAGAGCAGUAACCUUACUUCCCAUCAAAGAAUCCACACAGGGGAGAAACCAUAUAAAUGCUCAGUGUGUGGUAGGUGCUUCUCUCGAGGUGACUCUCUUAUUUCCCAUCAAAAGACCCACAUGGGAGAAAUUAUAUAAAUAAAAUCAUAUACAAGUGGAAAGAGCUUUUAACAAAGCACAAAGCUUAUUUCACACAGCAUUCACAUAGAGGAUAAAUAUGUUAACAAAUUUUGUGUCAUCAGUGCUUUGAAUUUGCAAAGUUUUUUUAAAGAAUUCACAAACAUAGCUGAGAAACAAAAUAGACAUAUUCAAAAAGUUCCUGCUAGUGCUCCACUGUAAAAAUGUACGUCACAAAUAAAAUUUGAAAAGCCUGUAUUGUAGAGAAGUGGGACUUUCUCUUGCUCUUCUUUUAACCAAGGUCUUGUGAAAGCCAGGGAGACUCCAUAUUGUAGCCAAGUGUUACUGCAUGAUGGUCAUUUCAAAUCCUUUGUUGCAGCAGCAAACCUUGUGUUCUCGGUAAGGUUCGGCUCUUACGUUUCUGCUCAGAACUGAUCCUGGUGAAGCAUCAUCAAGGAAAGAUCUUUGCAGCUGGCAGAGGAUGCAAAAAACAGCAUUAUGAAGCUCAAGGAUGUUACUGAAAGAGCUUCAAAAGUGAUGCACAUUAAACACAUUUUACCCAUGUCAA